UCGGCGAGGCACGUCGCCUUAACUGUUGCGUUCUGCGUUCGAAUUGACGUUCGUUUGAAAUUGACAGUUUGUUUUUUUAAUUGUGCUAUGUUUGUGUGAUUGCGUGGUUCUAGACACUAGUUAUUUGGGUCGAUUGGUUAUGGAGAUGUCUCUUCCCAACGGCGUGGACGUGUCCCAACUAGUUCAGCACCCGGUUUUGGCCGCGUUGCCGCCGUUCUUCCUCAGGGCGUCGGAGAGGUAUCAGCGGACGCCGAAGUGCGCGCGCUGCAGGAACCACGGCGUGGUGUCCGCGCUGAAGGGCCACAAGCGCUACUGCCGCUGGCGGGACUGCGUGUGCGCAAAGUGCACUCUCAUCGCGGAGCGGCAGAGGGUCAUGGCUGCUCAGGUGGCGUUGCGUCGCCAGCAAGCGCAAGAAGAGAACGAGGCGCGGGAACUGAACCUGCUGUACGGCGCAGCGCCGGCCGCCGCGCCGCACUACCCCGACAUUGGCGACGACACCUCUUCUUCUGCCCCCGUUCAGAAACGCGCCCGCAUCACCGAGGUCCACUCCAGCCCGUCACCGCCAGAACCACAGGACAAGCCCCCCGCGUCCCCCUCCCCGCCGCUCGCCACCCCGCCCCCGCGCUCGCCCUCCGACCACGACCUCAACGUCGAAGAGGAACUGGAAGACCAAUCGGAAAACUCCCUGACGCCAGAGAACUUGUCAAUGAAGGAACCGAGAGCCGACGAAGUUAAGAAAGAAGACGAAGAAAAAUGGGACCCUGAUUUCAAAUACAAAAUGUUCAGACGGGACAGAAAGCCUGAAGCCAUCCCCGAGCCCGAAGACUCGCCCUCCUACCAAAAGUCCCCGGUCGACGUCCUCAUCAAAGUGUUUCCAAGACGGAGUCGCACAGAAAUCGAAGCGAUACUAACCAGGUGCAAAGGCGACGUCGUAGCCGCCAUGGACAUGAUGGUGAACGGGACUGAAGCUGCGUACAACUUGACGCAGGAGUCCCCGCCCUACCUACAGAGCUACCAGUCCAAAUCCGCGUUCUCCCCACUCUCCAAUCAGAGUUUCAAAUUUUCCCCGUCCAGAAGGUUCCUGACGCCGCCAUACAGUGGAACCGGGUACCUGCCGACGGUGAUUCGACCUCCUCCCGAUUAUUUAUCCUCGUUCAUGCCUCCAGCGGAGUUGAUGUAUGGGAGGCAGUUGCAAGUGCCGUCUCCCGGAACCUCCCCGACGUCAGAUAACACAAAUAAUGAAGGCUUCUCCGAUUAGGGGUACCUGAAAUACUGGACGAUGCUGUAGGCGCCAUCCAAGGUCUGACAUACUGAGUGUGGGUACGAGUGAAGUUUGAACCAAAUAAAGCCUUGAAGGACUUGUAUCCGUGACCGUAAUUAAUAAAAAUAUGUUGCAAAGAUGGAGUAAGUAAGUUAUAGAGUAGCAGCGUAAUACAGAGACAAUAUCAUGUUUUUUUUAUAAAACUACCAGUUGGAAGAAAUUGUUCUUAUAGAUCUUGCAUAGAUUUCCAAAUGUGAAAAUAUCAAAUUAAAUAGUUGUUUUCAAAUAUUUGAUAAGGGUUCAUAAUUAGUUGACCCUUUCCUUCGUAUAAUCGUAUGUUAGUUUGAUAUUGAUGUAAAAUGAUCAAGUACAAUUUUUCUUUAGAGAGUUCAUAAUAAAAUAAUUAUAAUACUGUACUUAUUCCUGGACUUCGUGUUAUGUAGAUACAAUAAAUGAAACAGAUUAAUAUAGGUAUAGUAAAUAGAAAAAUAUGUUUUGCGUUUUUUAGGCGAAUGGUUCUGAUAAACCAAAUGUAAUGUAGAUUUAGAAGUA